AUGCCCGUUGAAGGAUUCAAAGUUGAUGUUGAUAAGGCCGUUGGCCACGUUUUCGAGAGCGAGAAGGUUGUUUGUAACCGUCGUGAUUUCCUUUUGUAUGCUCUCGGUGUCGGUGUCAAGGAAGAUGAAUUAAAGUAUCUCUAUGAAUUAGACAAGGACUUUGCUCCUCUUCCCACAUAUCCUCUUGUUCUCUUGCUCAAGGGUGACGAUUACAACGUCAAUCUCUUCAAGGAACGUGCUCAAGGUAAGGGUACUCUUCCUGGUAUGCCUCCAUAUGAUCCCAACAAGAUUGUCCAUGGUGAGCAAUCUUUGCAAGUGCACAAGCCCUUCCCUAUUGACGGUGGCGUCUUCUCUGCCAAGAAGACUUGUACUGGUAUCUACGAUAAGGGUUCAGGUAUGGUUAUUGAAACCACUGUUGAUCUCUACGACGAACACGAAAAGAUCCAUUACUGCAGCAUGGUCUCCAAGUCAUUCGUUCGUGGAUAUGGUGGUUGGAACGGUCCUAAAGGCCCCAAGGGCGUCUCUUAUCCUCCUCCCAAGCGCAACCCUGAUGCUGUUGAAGUCUUUGCCUCUACUCCUAGCCAAGCUCUCAUCUAUCGUCUUUCUGGCGAUUAUAACCCUCUUCACGCUGAUACUGCAUUAGCUCCUACCAUCGGUUUCCCUAAGCCUAUUCUCCACGGUCUCUGUACUUAUGGUGCUUGUGGUCACUCCAUCGUUAAGGCUUUGGCUGAUAACGAACCUACUCGCUUCAAGUCUAUUGAAGGUCGUUUCGCUUCUCCCGUCUUCCCCGGCGAGACCAUUGAGAUUUACAUGUGGAAGGUUGAUGAUAAGGAUCCCAAGCUUCAAGGUGUCAUUUUCGUUGCCAAGGUCAAGGAAAGAGAUGUCGUUGUUGUUAACAAUGGUUAUGCCACUCUUUACAAAAAGGCUCCUGAAUCCAAGCUUUAA